AGAGAAAAAGUAAACUGCUGUGCAGCGAGCCUGCAGUCAGCGUUUGCUGUCACUGUCCAUCCUAACUCUGCGUGAGUGAGGAGGGCCUUGGAGCCUUAGCUAAAAUCAGGAGGCACCGUAGGAAAGGGGUGUGUGGCAGGCGGGGAGAAGUGGAGUAUCUGAUCUGGGCCCAGCUCAGCCCUGCCCCAGGCUCACCUGUUGGCGCCAGGUGAGGCUUGUUCCUUCCCCAGCCUCCUCUGGGCUAAUUUAAGGAGGCUUGAGGGAGCAGGAAGGUACUUCUCACUAUGGCCACUCCCAGAGGGCUUCUGCUUGUCAUUCUGGCCAAGCUGCUUGCUGUGCACGUCAACUCCUCCCACCACAUCCAGCCUGGGCUGCAGCAGGAGCUGGACAUGGCAUCCUGGGAGCAAGGGGAGGAAGACACGUCCUUUCUGAUGGCCUCCACCCAGUCCUGGCUGCCCCUCUGGUUGGAGGCAAACAGGUCCUCUGCAGCCGGCCUGGUGGAGAUCCCACCAAUCUCUGCAAGACAGUCCUCAGAGGAGUCUUCAGCCCCCACCACACAGCCCCUGCAGGUGGUCCUCCAAGUGCUGCACGAUACCUCACCACCCCCCUACACAGAAGGUUCGUCGCUGACCCUGCAGGCUCACAUCCAGCCAGCAUCAAAUGAGGACAUGAAGCUCUACGUGGACGAGUGUGUGGGUACCCAGAGCCAGUACCUGAACCGUUCCAACAGGAUGUACACCCUUGUCUUCAACUGGGGGUGCCUCUCAAUAGGUUCUGGGUCUGGCUCUUGGUCUCGGCUGGAUAAUGAAUCAUUGCAGUUCGGCGUGGAGGCCUUCUUGCUCAAUAAUGAUGUGGAAUUGGAUAAGGUUUAUAUCAUUUGCUGGACAAGCAUCUGGAGUUGGAUGAGACCCUUAGAGCCUGGCCGGAAAUCUUGUUUUUAUAACACCUCCUCCUACAGUUGGCAACUUGCAGACAAUGAUUGGGCAAGCUCGGUCUGUGACUGCUGCAACUUUGGCUGCUCCCAACCAAAGAAAGGACGAUACAGAGAGUUCCCUGAGGAAGGGGAGAUCCACAUGGCAGUUGCAGGGCCACUGAAGGUCAAGAAGCUACCAGUGUCCUGGUUUAAAGCCUCCUGCAAGACGCUGAAGGACUUGCUGGUGGCUGCGCUGGCCCUCACGUGCCUGGCCCUGAUGCUCGUCUUCCUCCUCCUGAUGCUGAGGAAGGUUCACCAGGCCUUCCCACUGCCCUUCCUGACCGGCCACUGGAUCAGCAUGCCGAGGGGCUCCCAGGGCAGCCUGGAGGCCCGGGAGAUGGGCUGGGUGGCCGCGGCGGCCUCGGGACGCUAUCAUAGGGUGGAAGACUUGGAGACCCUGACCCCUUCAGAAGACAGCUAAAUACCCCCUUUUAUGUACUUAUAAUAAAGUUUUCUAUUUCCCUA